ACGCGCUCCACUGCAGCGUGAUGACGUCGAACCUCCGCCGUGUUGGACGUCAGGCGGUUCAAAGAGGAGGAAAGAUGGCGGACAACAAAGGCCAAGCGGAGACGGAUAGCUCGGCUAGCAUGGAGUCAGAACCAGCUGCCACGGUAAACGGAGACACCACCGGUGAGCCCACAGAAUCGGCUAGGGUUACAGAAGCCGCCCCGAAGGACGUAGGCGACGGACAGUGCGGAGAAAAUGUUUCGCGAGUGUCGACACCCGCUGACGACGACGGCGGCGGCGGCGGAGGGGAAAGCAGCGAUACCGCUGGAGGAGGAGAGGGAGAGGGAGAAGGAGGCGGAGGAGGAGAAGGAGAAGUAAACACCAGCCGUAGCAGCCCGGACGGCGACGGGAACAGGAGCGUAGAGGCUGCAGAGACGUCGGGGACCGCUGGUGAAGGCGCUGCCACGGCCACGGCCACGGCCACUGCCACGGCUCCGGCUCCGGCUCCGGGCCCGUCCCCGGCCCCGGCCCCGGCCACGGCCCCGGGCCCAGCUGCAACCGCAGCCGCAGGCUCUUCCCCGGCUCCCCCAGCAGAGCCCUCGCCCGCCGCUCCUCCUGCGCCAGCCACACCAAUAAAUCUGCUGGAUACGUGCGCCGUGUGUAAACAGAGCCUGCAGAACCGCGACUGUGAGCCCAAACUCUUACCCUGCCUGCACUCGUUUUGCCUAAAAUGCAUCCCUCAGCCGGAGAGACAGAUCAGCGUGGGAGUCCCGGGCCCCCACGGCCAGGACACGCACAUCGUGAAUGUCAUGCGGUGUACAGUGUGCUACCAGGAGUACAAACAGACAGACAUGAUAGACAAUUACUUUGUGAAGGACACAACAGAAGUCUCCAGCACUUCGACAGAGAAGUCUAUGCAGGUAUGCACCAGCUGUGAAGAUAAUGCCAGCGCUGUUGGUUUCUGUGUGGAGUGUGGGGAAUGGCUAUGCAAGACUUGCAUUGAGGCACAUCAGAGGGUCAAAUUUACCAAGGAUCAUACAAUACGUAAAAAAGAGGAGGUCUCUCAGGAGUCUGUGGGCUCAUCAGGACAGAGGACCGUGUUCUGUCCGAUCCACAAACAGGAGGCACUUAAACUCUUCUGUGAGACCUGUGACAAACUGACCUGCAGAGACUGCCAGCUGCUGGAGCACAAAGAACACAGGUACCAGUUUCUUCAGGAAGCCUUUCAAAAUCAGAAAGGAAUCAUUGAGACAUUCAUGUCAAAACUGCAGGAGAAGAAAAACUUUGUGCAGUUUUCUGCAGCUCAGGUGCAAAACAGACUGAAAGAAGCAACCGAGACACACAGGAAGGUUGAGCAUGAGAUUAAGAUUGCAGUCUUUACCCUCAUCAACGAAAUCAACAAGAAGGGCAAGUCUCUGCUUCAGCAGCUGGAGAGCGUGACAAAGGAACGCACCAUGAAGCUGUACAGCCAGCAGCGGGACAUAGGCUCAAUGGCACAACAGAUCCUACAUGUGCUGCGCUUCACUCAUUGGGCCAUAAGCAACGGCAGCAGCACAGCACUGCUCUACAGCAAGAGACUGAUCAUGUACCAGCUGCGCCAUAUCCUUAAGGUUCCCCUUGACCCGGUACCUCAGGCCAACGGAGCUGUUCGCUUCUUCUGUGACCCCACUUUCUGGGCCAAGAACGUCGUCAAUCUUGGUAACCUGGUGAUUGAGAAAGUGCCCCCACCAGCACCGCAGCCUCCAAACAUGAUUGGACCACAGAUCUCCCCUGGACACAACGCUGCUGCCAAGCACCCUGGGCAAAUCAACCUUGCUCAACUCCGACUGCAGCACAUGCAGCAGGCCGCUUUCGCACAGAAGCAGCAGCAGCAUCAACAACAGCAUCAGCAUCAGCAGCAGAUCCAGCAGCAAAUGCGCAUCGCAUCGCAGAUGUCUCAGCAUCCUAGACAGGGAGGACCCCCUCAGAUAAUGCAGCAACAGCCUCCGAGACUUAUUAGCAUGCAGUCAAUGCAGAGGGAGGGGGUUAACGGUUCCGCCCAUAUGUAUCCCCCUCCCCACCACCUCCGCAUGACAGCCGCACAGGGCCGCAUGCCCGUGGCCCAGCCCCGUCUCAAUGGACAGUCGUAUCCCAUGAUGCAACCGCAGCUUCAAAGACGGCAUUCCAACCCUGGCCAUGCGGGCCCCUUCCCUGUUGCAUCACUGCACAACGUCAGUGCUGCCAACCCUACCAGCCCUACCAGCGCCAGUAUGGCCAGUGCCCAUGGCCACCGGGGCCCCACCAGCCCUGUAGUGGGCCCCAUCGAGCUCAUUCCCUCAGUCACCAACCCUGAGAACCUGCCCUGCCUGCCUGACAUUCCCCCCAUCCAGUUGGAAGAUGCAGGUUCCAGCACCUUGGACAAUCUCCUAAGCCGUUAUAUUUCCGCUAGUACGCAGCCCCCUCUGGCACCCACUAAUAACCUUAACCCAUCACCAGGACCCUCAACGAACUCUCCGGGAUCCUCAGGGUUAUCAAACUCACUGACUCCAGCCCGGCCGUCCAGCUCCUCCAGUACAGGCAGUCGUGGCAGCUGUGGGUCAGCAGGUAGGUCGGGGACUGGGAGCACAGCUUUAGACCAGGUGAAGGUUAAACAGGAGCCAGGAGUGGAGGAAGAAUGUGGGUACUCUGGGGCCAACGUCAAGACUGAACGGGGCAAAGAUGGCCGGCGGAGCGCUUGCAUGAUGAACAGUCCAGACGCCAGCGUGACCCCUCCUCUCCCUGUCCUGGGUUCUGUGUCCACUGGUUCUGUACAGGAUGUUUUAAGAACCCUGGGAGAAAAUGUUAAAAUGGAACCUCAGAACUCGCCCUGCAUCAGUACAAACACUUCUCUGACUAACGGCAGCAUGGAUGUUGGGAGCCAGGUCAUGUUUCAUCGCUCCCAGAGGGGCAGUAGCAGUUCACAGGCUAAUGCUAGUAGCCAGCCAGGCACGGAGGGGAAAGAGGAUGACCCAAAUGAAGACUGGUGUGCGGUGUGUCAGAACGGAGGAGAGCUUCUGUGCUGUGACCGCUGCCCUAAAGUCUUCCACAUCACCUGCCACAUCCCUUCACUACGUGCCUCGCCCAGUGGAGACUGGAUGUGCACGUUCUGCAGAAGUCUGACCAAUCCAGAAAUGGAGUAUAACUGCGAUGAUGACCCUCCGAAUAAAAAGGACAAGAGUGAGCGGGGUCUGAGUUCAGAGGACCAGAGGAAAUGUGAGCGCCUGCUGCUCUAUAUAUUCUGUCAUGAGCUGAGUGUAGAGUUUCAGGAGCCAGUUCCUUCCUCGGUCCCCAACUACUAUAAGAUCAUAAAGCACCCCAUGCACCUGAACUUGGUGAAGAGGAAACUGCAGCUAAAGCACCCACAGCACUACCAGAGCCCCAAAGAUUUUGUGUACGACGUCCGUCUGGUCUUCAGCAACUGCGCAAAGUACAAUGAGAUGUCUCGAAUAAUCCAGGUAUAUGAUGAAGAGAAACAGAGUAAUGUGCAGGCGGACUCGGAGGUAGCCGAGGCAGGCAAGGCCGUGAGUUUGUACUUCGAGGAGAAGCUGGUGGAGAUCUACCCUGACCAGAGCUUUCCAGUGGAAGCGGAAAAACGGACUCGGGAAGAGGAAGAGGAGGAAGCCGAUGACGACUCUGAUGACGACUUUGUGCAGCCGAAGCGGAAGAGGUUAAAAAACGAUGAGAAAGUGUUGCACAUAAAGUGAAGAGGAUCCUGCAGGAAGGAGGGACUGCGAGAAGUGUGUUUGUUUUUGGUCUUCUUCACAGUCUCCCUCUCGAUGUAUUAUGGCUGACUGACCGGUUUUCAGAUCCCGUGAUUAUUAUUUCACCCUGCUUCGUCAUGAAGGGUUGCUAUAAAUAAGCAAGAACUUAAAAUAUGAACCCUGAAUCUGGAACUAUAAACUGAUUUUUUUUAUUUUUUUUUUUUGCUUUUUUUCCUUCUUGGGGGAUGGUCAUCUGAGGAUUUUGUCUCUGGUCUCAUCGGGUGGUACUGACAAGGAAGUUAAAAAAGAACUUGUAUUUAAAAUGCAGUUUAGUUGGACUGGUGAAGAAACAGCUGGUGGUUUCUUUUCUAAAAAUGAUCAUUUAUGACCAUGUUUGUAAAUCUAUUGUGAACUAUGCUUUAUAAAAGAACUCAAACUCCCAUAUGCCCUCGUCUUUAUGUAUGAUGAACAAGUAUGGCUUACCUGCUCCUGUAAUAUGUGCAUUUGUUCCGUUGCAGUUUGCGCUAUCCUGUAAAUAACCGAUGGCUUUAAGCAGUGAAAAUGGGCGAAGUCGUCCUUUUUUUUUUUUUUUUUUUUUUUUUUUCCCUCCCCCCCCCCCCCCCAAAAAUAAAGCUGUCACCCCUGUAUUUUCUCAAAUAGUGUUAAUCUCGGACUGUCCUCUCGGAUGUAUAUAAAAUGCUUGUAUAUAUAGUUAUGAAGUAUGUACAAGUUUUGCUACGAAACCAAACAAGAUUAAAGCUCUUUGGUGGGGUGCCAGUAUCAGUUAUCUAUGUGUAUGUAUUGACAGGGUGAGACGUGUGCAUGUCAUGGAGCUGUUCUCUCAGUGGUAUUCAAAUCUGUUAUUACUGUCAUUUUUGUGGCUAAAAAGCUACUACGCGAUUGUUCUUCCAGUGACCUCCAGUCUUGGCCAGAGGUGGGUACUGCUUCUGUUACUUGUUGUCAAGUGCAGUUUUGGAUUUUUAAAUUUGAGCAUUUAAACUAUUUUAAGUAAUACUUUUAUGUCUAGUAUAAUGCAACGCUGUGCAAAAGUCAGAGACCACCCUUUUAUUACUUUAUGGCUGUUUUGACUGGAAAUUGCGUAUUUUAAAAAAAUUGUCCAGAAGAGAAAAAGCAGAAAACUUUUAAGAAAAUUAGAAAGACACCUCCAUAUAUACAUACAUAUUGCUGUAUUUAGUGUUUCCACUCUUGUCAUUCCAGCUUUUUUUUUGUUUUGAUGUUCAAAGAAAUUUGCGGGAAUAUUUCUUUGUACCUCCAAAGUUCAGUCUUAGAAGUUGGUUGCAUUUUUCUACCCAUGCUUCAAAUCGUCUCAAGCACAUACACUGAUCAGAAUACUUUAUUGAUCCCAGAGAGACACUGCAGUUAUUACAGUUGUAACCAUUUAUGUAAAGAAUAAACACUUCAGUAAUUUAAAAAAAGACAAAUUUGCAGAAUGUACAUGUUUAAAUUCUUAUGAAAUCUGCACUCUGGGUGGUCAAUUUGUUCUGAGGACAGCAGUUUCUUUGUUAGAUUUGCAAAUGUUUCUUUUCUCAAUAAAGGCCUCUUGACAGCUACA